AUGCCUCGUACACCCUCGUUGGAUUCCGUCGUCUCUGUAGGAUCUCCCAUUGACGUCAAGUUUAGGAAGAAGGUCGCAGUUGUCGGCAGUGGAUGCGCCGGCAUCGCUGCUCUCUGGGCGCUGAACCGAAGCUACCAUGAUGUCUACAUGUAUGAGGCCUCAUCGAGGCUUGGCGGUCAUACUAACACCGCAACUUGGAAAAAUGGAAAAUACGAGACCAUUGUAGAUACCGGUUUCAUCGUUCUCAACACGGCAACAUAUCCAAAUUUCAUCAACUUCCUCAAGAGGGUCAAGGUGGACACGGUGCCGACUGAGAUGACAUUCGGUGUCACUCGAGAUCAUGGCUUGUUCGAAUGGGCUGGCACCAGCUUGGAUGCUGUCUUCGCCCAAAGAAAAAACAUCUUUUCACCUCGGAUGUGGCGCAUGAUCUUUGACAUCAUACGCUUCAACCAGUUCGCCUUGGACCUGCUGAUGGCCGAUGACGACGAGAACGACGCUGCCGCUAUGAAUGGCGACAGUAAAGGAGCCGAGAGGGAAGAAACGAUCGGAGAGUAUCUGGAACGUGAAGGCUAUUCUGAUGCCUUCAGGGACGAUUAUCUCAUUCCUAUGACUGCCGCCGUGUGGAGCACAAGCCCGGACAAGUGCACUUUGGACUUCCCGGCCGUCACCCUCGUCCGUUUCAUGUGGAAUCACCAUCUCCUGUCGACGGUUUCUACAAGACCCCAGUGGCUCACUCUCAAGAAGUGCGGCAAGUCGUACAUUGAUGCUGUCAUGAACGGCUUCCCUUCUAAUCACCUAUUCCUCAACACGCAAGUUACACAGGUCACGAGUGAGGAGGAUGGCAGAGUGCGAGUGCACGCUCACAAUGGCAAGUCAGAUGUCUACGACCAUGUCAUCCUGGCAACACAUGGAGACCAGGCUCUCAAGAUCAUUGAAGGAUCGGCUACGCGCGAAGAGAAGGACAUCCUCUCGGCGUUUCAAACCUCGGAGAACACAGUCAUUCUCCACUCCGAUCUCUCGCUGAUGCCGGCUUCUGAAAAGGCGUGGUCCAGCUGGAACUACCUUACCCUCUCCUCACCUUCGACCGGCAAGCAGAACAUCGACCAAGUCUCUCUUACCUACAACAUGAACAUUCUCCAGCACAUCCCUCGCGAAACGUUCGGUGACGUCCUCGUUACGAUGAACCCUCUGCACCAGCCGAACCCAGACACGAUCCAAGCCUCCUUCACCUACCGCCACCCCCUUUACACGCCCGCUGCCGUUCGUGCUCAAAAGCUUUUGCCUCGUAUACAGAACAAGCGAGGUAUCAGUUAUGCUGGUGCAUGGACGAAGUACGGCUUCCAUGAGGACGGUUUUAGCAGUGGACUGCAUGCUGCUCAAGAUCACCUCUAUGCCAAGCUGCCUUUCCAGUUCGUGGACUCAACCUACAGUCGCGGAAGGAAACCCUCUCUUGGCCUCGCCGAUCUCUUUGUGCGACUAGUUAUACUUAGCAUUCAGGUUUUUGUCAUCAGAGUGCUGGAGAGGGUUGUGGGCGUGGCCGAGAGGGCGAUAUACCCCCGUGCGAGGAGGCUGAAGAAUGUCAAAGCCGCGUAG